GAAUGAUCUCUGAGUAUUUUGUUUGAGAUGUCUACACCUGACUGGAGCAAACUAAGCAUUAGUGCUUUAAGAGCGGAAUGCAAAUCAAGAUCCAUACCUGCCACAGGCAAGAAGACUGAUCUAGUUGACAAGCUUAUUCGUCAUGAAAUUGCUUUAAAAGAUAAACCAGAAGAAGAAUUGGAGAACGAGGAGGAAGAAGAAAACUCUGGCAGUGGUACUGAAACUGAAGAGAAUGGAGUCGAGUGCAGUCUGGCUAAAGAUGAUCAGAAAAGUGACCCAGGCAGCAGUACCCAUGAUAAACAUGAAGUGGAACCAGGCAGUACUGAGGAUAAACGUGAAGUGGGACCAGACAGUACUGAGGUUAAACGUGAAGUGGAACCAGACAGUAAUGGGAAUAAACAUGAAGUAAAAUCGAGCACUACUGAUGACAAACACAAGGUGGAUCCAUGUCCCACCGUCAAGAAAAUGGAAGAGGAUGCUGAUGACAAAAUCAAGGUGGAAGCAGGUAGUGGUGAUACACAGAUAGUUGGGUCUUGCGAUGAGCAGGAAGUUGGCGGUGAGGCAGACGUUGACAUAGAGAAGCAGGAUGAGCAAGAAGAUGAGGAACGUAGUGAUGCACAGCUUCUAGCAGAUGACAUGGAGACAGUUGAUGAUGCCGGUUCUGGACCAGAUGAUGAUGGAGCCCUGCUAGAUCUGGAUGAGGUGGAGGAUGAAGAGGAUACAAUGAAGAUGAUAGAUGAGGUCCUAGCUGAGCACGGAAGUGAAUGCGAUGAUGGUGAAGAACCCGAAGAAGAAGAUGACGAUGACGACGGCAACGAAAAUGAGGAGGAAGUAGUCUUAGAAGAUGCUCAGAGUGGAUCUGAUUCGGAAAGGGUUAAGGAUGGCUCAGAGGAGGUGACAUCUGCUGUAGAAGAGGAAGAGGCUGGUCAAAUUACAAAAGUUCAGGGCACCCAGGAUGAUGUGGAUGAAGAGAAGGCAUCGGGGAAUCUCAGUGUGGAGGAAAAAGACGCCCGAACGAAAACUGCAAAGGAUAAAUGUCACCAGGAAGCUGAUAUGGCAACAGAAGCCCAAGCGUCUACCACUGAUGAUGCAGAAGAUGUAACUACGGAGAAAGACACAAGCAUGGUUUCGGAGACCUGUGAUGACACAUCAGAGACUAAGGUGGAUGCGAAAAAGUCCGAAGCAGUAGCGGUUGAUGCAAAAUCUGAGAAGGCUCUGAAGGAUGUGGAUGAUGCAGCUUUAGUCACUGAUGCAUCGGUAGCAAUGACCGAAGUUUCUGCUGCUGGGGAUGUCAAGCAAGAGGAAGUCAAGAAAGAGACAGACAAAGAAAAGGAAGUCAAGAAAGAGACGGACAAAGAAGAGGAAGUCAAGGGAGAAAAUGACAGAGGACAGAAGGACAGUGUUGACAUCGACGUGACUAUGGAAGAAGACACAGAUGAUCAAAAAGAGGAGUACGAAAUAGUUGCAACUGAUCCAAACAAGCGUGUCCUCAUCACAAACAUUAUCAUUAAUGACAUGAAGAGUCAGUGCUUCAUUGAUGCUCUGGAUGAAGCCUAUGAGUUUGCUAUGUGUUUCCGUAGGGAUAGCAACUCGCCUAAGCCACCACAGAAAAACUUUGGGUUUGUCGAUCUGGUGUAUAGAGAUGCAAGUAGGGCUGAAGCAAUUGUCAAAAAAUUCCAGCGCAUCAGGUUUGGUGAAAUGCACAACAUGAAAAUCACCUAUCCAGUAACGCCAAAGGACAAGUUGGACUACAACUUGGCUUGGGAAUACCAGCGGAAAAAGGCAAAAGCACGUGAGUGUCUCAACCAUGCACCACCGAUUCCGGAUUCUCAGAAGUUGGUUGUAACCAAUUUGCCCCCGAGCACGUCCGAGGCCAUGCUCAGGUCCAUGUUCAGCGCAGCCACCAAGGUUUUCCGUCACCCCCGGGACGAGAAGAAGCCAUGCACUGGGUUGGCAGUGCUGGUGUUUGACAGCGUGACGAAGACGGACACCUGCAAGCAGAAGUAUGAUGGCAUGACUGUCGAUGAUGGUGACAAAAGCCACAAGUUGAUGGCAUUCAGCCCCUUGGAGCACAGGGCACAUCGUGCGAAGACGGCUUUCACUCGCUUCCAGCAGGUCGUCUCCAACUACAAGAACAGCAAGCGGCCAAUACCGCCGACAAUGACUCGCAAACUCAACCGCUGCCAGCGCGUCUACAACAUCCUGAUGGCCGAGAUCAAGAAGAACAAGAACCCUGACGACGCAGCCUCCUCAACUGCCGUCAACAAGUCUCAGGGUUCGACGAAUAAGGAACUAAAGAAAUCGGUUGCGAAGGCUACUGACCAGAAAAAGACGCCUGUUAAGAAAGUCGAGGCGAACAAGGGUAAGGACACGCGAGGUGGCCACCAGCAGAAUCGCACAAGCAGCGGUCCCGCCAUGCGCAAGGACACCCGCAUGCAGCCUCGUCGAGAUGACCGCGAUUUCAUGCGCAACCGAAACAUGCGCGGCGGUGGCGGAAUGAGGCGCGGUGGUAUGGGAAGGGGUGUGGUUGGCCACAUAGGUCGUCCACCAAGCUUACUUAGCAUGCCAUUAGGACAGAUGGGGAACAGAUCAGCAUACUCCUCUUCCUUGCUCCCAACGCCCAGAGGUGCAGGAUAUCACCCCAACCACCAACAACAACAACACCACCAGCAGCAGCAGCAGCAACAUCAACAGCAGCAGCGGGGUAUGAUGGGAGGCCCUCCACAGGGCGAGCUCCUGCAAAAUAUCAGUACCGUGCUCAAUCGAUUUGGCCUUUCCAGUCAGCAACUGCAACAGCUUCAACACCUGCAGCAACAGCAGCAACUACAGCAAGCUGCCAACGCGCUGACGAGGAACAACUACGGCAGCGGCAUGGCGGGAGGUGGUGGCAAUUACGGCGGCGGAAUGGGCAACAUGGGAUCAUUGAGUGGGCAGGGCAGUGGGAACCGCUUUGCUGGACAGAAGCGAUCAGCACAUCAGGGCGGGUAUGGAGGGGGCGGCGGAAACUAUGGGAAGCAGCAGCGUCGCUAGAAACAGCAGGGUGGAAGUAUGCAGGAGAACAUUAAUAGAUUGGUCACCAAUGGUCACCAUCAAGCGAACAAUAUUCUGCUACACUCAUAAAGAUGGCGCACAAGGAUUACUGACCUGUAGCAUGUGUUUCUGAUGAUUGGUUCAUGGCUUAGUGUUGAGUUAGAUCCAGUGAGGAUCGGCUGUUACUGAUUUCUUAAUAGAAAACUAUUUUAAUUGGAAUUUUAGUGUUGUAUUAAUAGAAAUGAUUCAAACUCGAUUGCUAUUAAUCAUACAUAAUAACGGCGAUGACAAUAUGUCCAUAUCUAGAUCUUUGAGGAAAAGUAGUCAAAUACACCUCUAUCGGUAGGGACAUUCAUUUUUUACUUGCUAAUUUGCAUGAUAAAUCAUUUUGUUUGUAGACCUAA